AUGUUCACCUCAAAAACAACAAUUCUCUGGAGGCUACCACAGUUUAGACACACAUUUUCAUGCACAUCUGCAUUUGCAAAAGCCACAUGGCCAAGACUGGUUUUGGGCAUUGAGACAAGCUGUGAUGACACUGGUGCCGCAGUUAUAGACGAGACGGGUGCAAUCCUGGGAGAAUCUCUUCAUUCUCAGAAAGAAAUACAUUUAAGGACAGGCGGUAUCAUUCCCACAGUGGCACAGCAGCUCCACAGAGAGAACAUAGCCCGUGUAGUGCAGGAGGCUUUGGAGAGGAGUGGUGUGACCCCAAUGCAGCUCACAGCUGUGGCCACCACAGUGAAGCCAGGCUUGGCCCUGAGCCUGGGCAUCGGUCUGGAGUUCAGCAGCAACUUUGUAAGGCAUCACAGCAAGCCUUUUAUUCCCAUCCACCACAUGGAGGCUCAUGCCUUAACUGUCAGAAUGCUCCAGCCUGUUGUAUUUCCCUUUCUUGUCCUGCUGAUCUCCGGCGGGCAUUCACUCUUGGCGUUGGCCAGAGGAAUCAAUGACUUCCUCCUUCUAGGUCAAAGCCUGGAUGAAGCUCCAGGAGACACCCUCGACAAAGUGGCAAGACGUUUGUCUCUCAAAAAACACCCGCUAUGCUCCACAUUAAGUGGGGGACAGGCUAUAGAGCUUCUGGCAAAAGAUGGAGACAAGAAAAAAAUCCCUCUCAAGACACCUAUGGGACGACACUUUGACUGCAACUUCUCCUUUGCUGGCCUUCGAAAUCAAGUUACACUGAUUAUAGAGAACAAAGAGAAAGAAGAGGGUAUUCAACAAGGGACAUUACUGUCAUGUUUGAAUGACAUAGCAGCUGCUACACAGCACACAGUGGCCUCUCACCUUGCCAGGCGUACCCAUCGUGCCAUUUUGUUCUGUAAAGCCAGGGGCCUUUUGUCAUCAUGCAAUCCCACUUUGGUGGUAUCUGGAGGAGUAGCCAGUAAUAUGUAUAUCCGGAAGGCUUUGACAAUUAUCACAGAGGAGACAGGACUACAUCUGCUUUGUCCUCCAGCUAAGUUCUGCACUGACAAUGGAGUGAUGAUUGCAUGGAAUGGUGUGGAGCGACUGAAAGAAGGGAAGGGAAUACUGUCUCAUCAUGAGGAUGUGAGGUAUGAGCCAAAGGCUCCUUUGGGUGUUGACAUUACAGAAGAAGUGAAGGUAGCUGCUAUCAGGGUACCAUCAGUAAAACUGAGGAUAAGCAACUGACAAAAUAUAUUUUGUUCUUUUUUUAGAAAAAAUGUAAUUUUUUUUAGCUCUGCAUA